UUUUUAUAGGAUGAGAAAAAUCAAUUGAUGACAACAAAUGUCUGGUUGAAGCAGGAAUGGAGAGAUGUGAAAUUAAGGUGGAAUCCUGAAGACUAUGCUGGAAUAACAUCUAUUCGUGUCCCAUCAGAUUCAAUUUGGAUUCCAGAUAUUGUGUUGUAUGACAAUGCAGAUGGACGUUUUGAGGGAACAUCUACAAAAACUGUGGUGAAGUAUGAUGGCACCAUUGCUUGGACUCCACCAGCAAACUACAAAAGUUCUUGUACUAUUGAUGUAACCUUCUUCCCCUUUGACCUCCAGAAUUGUUCUAUGAAAUUUGGUUCCUGGACUUACGAUGGCUCACAGGUUGAUAUAAUUCUUGAAGAUUAUGAUGUAGACAAAAGAGACUUUUUUGAUAACGGAGAAUGGGAAAUAGUGACUGCAACAGGGAGCAAAGGAAAUAGAACUGAUGGAUGCUGCUGGUAUCCUUUUGUUACAUACUCAUUUAUAAUUAGACGUUUGCCACUUUUUUACACAUUGUUUCUCAUUAUUCCUUGUAUUGGGCUUUCGUUUCUAACUGUCCUUGUCUUCUAUCUUCCUUCAAAUGAAGGUGAAAAAAUUUCACUUUGCACUUCAGUACUGGUAUCUUUGACUGUUUUUCUUCUUGUCAUUGAAGAGAUUAUUCCAUCAUCUUCUAAAGUUAUCCCACUUAUAGGAGAGUACUUGGUAUUUACUAUGAUAUUUGUGACAUUGUCCAUUGUGAUAACUGUCUUUGCUAUCAAUAUUCAUCAUCGCUCUUCAUCUACACACAAUGCUAUGGCACCUUGGGUUCGCAAGAUAUUUCUUCACAAACUUCCCAAGCUGCUUUGCAUGAGAAGUCAUGUAGAUAGAUACUUUACUCAGAAGGAAGAAACAGGAAAUGCAAAUGGAUCAGAAUCAUCUAGGAACACCUUGGAAGCAGCUCUAGAUUCUAUCAGAUACAUUACAAGGCAUGUUAUGAAGGAGAAUAAAGUUCGCGAGGUUGUUGAAGACUGGAAAUUUAUUGCUCAGGUGCUUGAUCGAAUGUUCUUAUGGACUUUUCUUCUGGUUUCAAUAAUUGGAUCACUUGUGUUAUUUAUUCCUGUUAUUCAUAAAUGGGCAAGUAUAAUAGUACCCAUGCAUAUAGGCAGUACAAAUACAUAAAAUAUUUUUUUAUCUGUCUACUGCUAAUAUGGCUCUAAAGAGUUUUGCAGUAGCUCUGUUUCCAUGCACGUUCUUUGUAGGUAUGUUUCUGAUAGAGUUAAAAAAAAAAAAAUCCAAAACCAGAAAAUUAUGUUUAUAUUAAUGCAUGGCAUCCCUAGGAGGCAUAGGAAUCAAUUUGCUUAUUGACAGUCUAAGUUACUUCUAAAUCAGGUCAGAAUUAAAAGGACAUCUUAAGGACUUGCAUGUGUAUGUCAGAAAAGCAUAUGCUGACACUUCCUGCAAAAUAGAAGAAUUUAAAUUUUUAAAUAAUAAUUGAUAGUCCAAUUAUUCAAUUACUCUCUAAAUUGUUAUAUUGAGUAUUAAUAUCUGCAGGUAUUUACACAGAGUUGCUUAUUUCAGUUUGCUACAGUAUGCAAAGACGAAUUUUUAUC